GAAGAAGAAAAAAUUAAGAAAAAGAAUAAAUAAUAAUAUCGGGGGAAAGAAACGAAUCAGGGAGUUGGUCUUGUUUGCGACACGGACUGCCUCUGCCUCUGCUUCUGCUUCUCUCUUGUCCAGUCGAUCCUGCAUCGAAGUGCCAGAGAGAUGCACCCCUUACUCCCGCCCAUUCCGAGUGACAGAUAGUAAUAGGCAAUAGCAAUUAUUCCUUCAUGUGCGUGACGAGUUGUAUCUUUGGUCCAGAAGAAGGUCGCUGAGAUGGAUUGAUGACGACUUCAGGCAUCGACAUCGGCCCUUUUCCCUCGUAUCCAGCCACGGAUAAGGGCGGACUGAGCUUCAUCCUUGACGCAGGAACAGCUGUUGAAAAGUCUAUCAGCUUCAGCUCUUCUUCUUCUUCUUCUUCUCCCGGACUGGAUGGACGAGCAGAGGAAGCAGAAAAGGGAAAAAAGCAAAGAAGAAUUGUCUUGAUCCGCAGCGGAGGCAGAGCCAAAGUAAACAAUCCAACGGUUUCCUUUGCAUUCUUCACUCUCUUUCAUAUCUCUCCCUUUCUCUUUGUUUUUUUAUCUCUCUCUCUUUCUUCUCUGCCGUUGUCUUUUUUUGUUGUUCUUCUUAUUAUGGUUCCUUUCUUUUUCAUGCCAGACCCUCCCCCCCCCUCCCCUGGCUGCGAGUAGGAAGAUUUCCCUUUGGUGCCGGAGGUGAGUUCCCUGGUUCCAUAGCGGGCGCCGUUUCUUUACCCAGAAACCUUUUUUUUUUUCUUUCUUUCUUAAUCCCUUCACCUUUUUAACUCCUCAUCCCAAUUUUCUCACAGUCGUAUUGGCGGAUUUUUGGCCUCUUAUAUCCAUCCUCAAGGGGUGGAGCCACGUUUCGGGCCAUUUUUCGCUCAGAAAGCAGUUAGUACUCCGUAUAUAAUAAUUUUUUUUUUUUUCCUUUUGCUUUGCCUCAACCUUGGUUCGGCCAUCGUGGAACCAGCAAGUCUUCGGAAAAAGAAAGGCAAAGAAGGAAAAAGAAACGAGGCCGGCAGCAAGCAGAGAAAGAGAGGAAGAGGUGAAUCUUGGAUCUUGAAGCUGCUCGUCAUGGCCCUGACAGACUGACGGGUUUUGCUGGGUGGGACAUGAAUAUUUGCUUUUGCCUGGGGACAAGCCAGGGAGGCAGGCAGGCAGGCAGUCUGGUCUGUUCGACGAUGCCUAGAUACACAGCAGCCCGUAGGAGUUGUUAUACUGAGCUCAGGAAAAGGAAAGUAACCCUUCACGUCGAGCUGCCGGCUCCGUCUGUAUCAAUCCAGUCGAUCCGUCAACCAACAGGCCAGCAGGACCCGGGGGCAGGUCGAAACCGCACGAAACGAGGGGGGAUACAGCCGGCGAGCACACUGCCUGUCUCUGCACGACCAUGGCUUGUUUGAUAGCAUCUGCUUCUGGGAGAGAGCAAAAGAAAAAAGCUCUUAAUCCUCCUGCCUCCCCUGUCCAUGCGUAGUCGUUCUUAGUUAUCUUUAUAGUGUAGGCCCUAAGCUGAGAGAGAGAGUAUAUUAGCAUAUGAAAGAAGCAUCCGGAGCAUCAGAGCCAGAACCAGAAACCACAAAGCGGACCAGGAACCAGAAUAACGGUGAGUUUCUUAGUCAGGGCAGCCUCCGUCUCCGUCGUCUUCGUCUUCGUCUUUCUCUUUCUGUCUUGCAUCUCUCUCUGUUCGCGAUGACGGCCUCGCUGUGAGCAUCCCCGGCCAUGUCACUUCUCUGUGUCCCAGCAUCACCAGCACCAGCACCGUCUCCCUGCCUGUAUCUCUGCCUGUCUCUCGCCUCUCUGGCUG